AUGUCGUCGUCCGGUGCAGCAAACGGGACCGGCGGCAAAUGGCAACUGAACCCGUACGAGCAGCAGCGAACAACUCAAAAGGUCAUCACAGACGCCAUGGAAGAAGUAGCCGUGCAUGCUGACAGCGUUCGUAAUGAGUUCACGUGCGCCAUAUGCCUAGGCUUGCUGCAGGACACUGUCGCCACUACAGAGUGCGGACACCGCUUCUGCGAAAAGUGCAUCGCUGCUGUUCUCCGCAGGUGCAACAAAAGGUGCCCGGUAUGUCGCACCAAGAUCAAGUCGAAGCGAUCUCUGCGACGUGACCAUUGCAUGGACAAUAUGAUUGCUGUGCUCUUCCGUAACCAAGAGGAGUACUGUGCGGCCCACCUGCCUAAUCCGGCUGAGUCACCAGAUUGUCAGCUCGCUCAAGCAACUGAAGAACAGGGCGCCGAAGAGCUACCGAACGUGCAGCAACAAAUUCGCUAG